UGUGGCGUUUCGUGGAGCGAAGAACAUGUCUCUCUAGAUUGCAGUGAAUGUGGCGGCUAUUCUCUUCAACGGCCGUGCCCUCUUUGUGACGGACGUUGCCGCACCUCGUGGAAACGCGACCUUACCAUGGCUUGAGGAAACGGCGUUCUUUGAUAAAGAAUUAGCAGGGAAAAGAGAGACAGAAGAGGAUAAUCAAAUCAAUUGUGAUAUUUUAAAUUACGUGUUCGACGUGUUGGCUGUAAGACGAACAGUUAGCUGUGUACUUAUCGAUUUCGCCAGUGACAUUUACAAUAGCCCCUCCCACGCCAGUGGUAAAGCAAGAUGGAUCGGCGAGUGUGGAUUAAGUUGCGGCCCCUCCAUCGAUGAGCCCAUGGUGCCCGCGUUGGAAAAGCUGCGAGCUACCUCG